UGGAGAUCAGAGAAACAUGCUGGGUUCUUUGGUGCUGAUUUGGAUUUUCAUUCUUCUCUUCUUCCUCUUCGUGAGGAUCCAGAGGCCCAAGAACUUUCCUCCUGGACCACGACCUGCACCCAUAUUUGGGAAUCUGUUUGAGCUGAACAUCACCAAUCCUCUGAAAGACUUUAAGAGGUUGGCUGAGCGCUAUGGCAAUGUUUACAGCCUUUACUUUGGAGCAAGACCAGCAGUGGUUCUUACUGGUUUGAAGGCUGUGAAGGAAGCUCUGGUGACUAAUGGUGUUGACUUUUCAGGACGUCCACAAAACCUCCUGGUCAGCGAUGCAGCAGAUGGGAAAGGAAUCAUAUUAGUUGAUUAUGGCACUACAUGGAAGGAGCAUCGGCGCUUUGCCCUCAUGACCUUGAGGAACUUUGGAAUGGGGAAGCAGACUAUGGAGGACAGGAUUCUGGGAGAGACUGAACAUCUUGUUGCACGUUUGGAGAAAAGUGCUGGAGGCUUCGUAAAUCCGCAGACUUUAUUUCAUGAUGCUGCAUCAAAUAUCAUCUAUCUGGUUUUAUUUGGCACUCGCUACGACUAUGAGGACGACAACCAUAAAGUAUAUGUUCGAUGUUUCACCGAAAAUACAAAAAUCACCAAUGGACCCUGGGGAAUGAUCUAUGAUACACUUCCUAUGCUGAGAUCCCUGCCCCUUCCCUUUAGGAAGGUCUUCAAAAACUUCCACACUAUUGAGAAAAUGGUUCUGACCAUGAUCAGCAAACACAAAAAAACAAGGGUCCCAGGAGAGCCAAGAGACUUUGUUGACUGCUAUCUGGAUGAGCUUGAAAAGAAAGAUGAUGGAUCUUCCUUCAAUUACGGACAACUUGUGAGAUACAUAAUCGAUCUGCAUGUUGCUGGGUUAGAUACCACCGCCAACACCCUCCUCACAGCAUUCCUCUACCUCACUGCUUGUCCAGACAUUCAAGAGAGAUGUCAGCAGGAAAUUGAUGAGGUUCUGGAGGGUAAAGCUCAUGCAUGCUUUGAGGACAGACUCAACAUGCCAUACACGCAGGCUGUGGUCCAUGAAUGUCAGCGUAUUGCCAUUACAGUCCCAACUGCGUUUCACAGCACCAGCAGAGAUACUGAACUGAUGGGUUACAGCAUCCCAAAGGGUACUUUUGUUAUUGCAAACCUCGCCUCAGUGCUGAGUGAGGAAGGCCAGUGGAAGUUUCCUCACGAGUUCAAUCCAGCUAACUUCCUGAAUGAGCAGGGACAGUUUGAGAAGCCAGAGGCCUUCCUACCCUUUUCUGCUGGGCCUCGUAUGUGCCUUGGUGAAGGUCUGGCUCGCAUGGAGCUCUUCCUCAUAUUGGUCACUGUGCUGCGCCGGUUCCAGUUCUUCUGGCCUGAAGAUGCAGGAGAACCAGACUUCACUCCCUUAUAUGGCGUCACACUCACACCCAAGCCAUACAGGAUGGGAGUCAGACUGAGACAGCCAGCUACUGAAAUGUAGCACAGAUUCCAAAUACCAGUGUAAUGGCAAUUUCUUUUUAAUUUAUGGUACAAGAAAAUUGUCCAUUAUAGGAUGAACCAAAAAUACAGCAGCUAAGACUAGAUCAAAUAAUAGGGAAGUAUGUAAUUAAGAAAAUAAUGAAGAAAUAAGUAUUUUGGUAUCUUGUAAAAUUUAAUAAAAUACUAUACUUUUAUAGGGAUUUAAUAACCUGCAUGUCUUAAUUGAAAGACUCAUAGGAAUCCAUAGUAUCACAGGUACAACAGGUACAACGGUCUUCAGCAGCAAGAUCAAGGAAUACUGUCUUAGAUACAAAGAACUUCAUAAACUGUAAGAAAAGGCGGGCUUUAGACAACAUUAACACAGUGGCAUCUUGAAGUGCAAAUAAUACUGUUAUGUUUAUGUACUUAAAACCUGACAAUUUUUCCCUCCUUUCCCAGAUCUAAGAAAAUACAUGCGAUGCCCCUACAUUGUUAGAAAUAAAUAAAGAUACUAUGCAGGUACAUUUUUCAUUCAUCAAGGCACAAACAAAGUCCACGUACCCUUGAAAGGUACAAUAAUCAUUAUAAGGUCCAGUACCAUAAAUUAGUGAAAGUACAUAUUUGUACCAUUUCAUAAUCUAAUGUUGUGGAAACUUAUAAUAAUAAAAACAAAAACAAACAAAUAAACAUAAACAUUGGUACAAUUACGUUGCCUGGCUAAAGACACUGCAAUGUAUCCUUUAGGGUACCACCCCAGUGACAAGACUAUGGGGUACUGCGCCAGUGAGAGUUUAGUACAUUUAUUUCUGAGAUUGUUCUAUAAAGUAACCAUUAAUUACAUUGAUUGCACAAGUUUUAGAUUGAAGGAAAUGUGCUACUGGUAUUUAUUUUGUUAGAAAAGAAUUCGAUUACCUUGUUUGAAUGAGCACGCCUGAACACACAUUUUCUAAGCUGCUUCUCCCUCAGGGUCACGGGGGUGGGGGGGGUGGAUGUGUGCUGGAGCCUAUCCCAGCUGUCAUCAGGCGGAAGGCAGGAUACACCCUGAACAGAUCACCACUCCAUCGCAGGUCAGAGAGACACAUUCACACACACACACUCACAUCAAGGGGCACUUUAACAUGUCCAACUGGCCUGACUGCAUGUCU